UAAAUGACCAUAAGAACCAGGGACUACCAAACAAACAAUUGCUUUACAAUAACGAAAAGUUAAUAGGCAAUGGAGUUCUUCAACAGAGCUAAAGUUGUUAGGCUCAAAGGUCAUCUUGGCAAGUACCUUGUUGCCGAUGAUGACGAACAAACCGUUAGACAAAGUCGUAACGGGUCAUCAAAAAAGGCACGUUGGAUGGUUGAGUUGGUCCAGGGCAAUCCUCACCUCAUACGUCUCAGGAGUUGCAAUGACAAAUACCUCUCGGCUUCUGAUGACGCUUUCCUACUUGGCAUGACAGGUAAAAGAGUACUCCAAGCAUCACUAAAUAGCGCGAUUGAUGGUUCGAUUGAGUGGGAACCAAUAAAGGAAGGAGAUCAAGUAAAAUUAAGGACAAAAGGAGGCAAAUUCUUGAGGGCUAAUGGAGCAACACCUCCUUGGAGAAAUUCAGUAACACAUGAUUUACCUAAUAGAACUGCUACACAAGAAUGGGUAUUAUGGGAUGUGGAUGUGAUUGAUAUAUCUGAACUGGAGUCUCAAUCUUUACAGAGUUAUCCUUCAAUUCUAUCGAGCUACUCUUCUUUUGCUGAUGAUGAUUUUGCAGAUUAUUCAAAUAUUCGUCGUUCUGUUUCGGCAAUUCCCACCUGUCCAUCAAUUUCAUCCGAUCAUUCUUCGUUUUCGAGUUCCAGACAGAGUGGCAUGGAAUUCUUCGACAGAGCUAAAGCAGUUAGACUUCAAAGCCACCUGGGAAAGUACCUACUGGCUGACGAAGACGAACGAACUGUUAGACAGAGCAGAAACGGAUCAUCGCACAGAGCGCGAUGGACAGUUGAAUUAGUUAACGAAAAAAACAACGUAAUUCGCCUAAAAAGCUGCUACGGAUUGUACUUAACAGCAACUGAACAGCCAUUUCUUCUAGGCAUGACUGGUAAAAAAGUUCUUCAAACUCUUUCAACAAAGAAUAUGGAUGGUUCAAUUGAAUGGGAACCAAUAAAAGAAGGAUUUCAUGUAAAGCUUAGAACAAGUGAAGGGAAAUAUUUAAGGGCUAAUGGAGCAACACCACCUUGGAGAAAUUCUAUAACACAUGAUGUUCCUAAUAGGACAGCUACUCAAGAUUGGGUUAUGUGGGGUGUAGAAGUUGUGGAUAUUACUAUUUCAGAUACAAAUGAAUCAGUCUCAAGUUGUCUAUCCCCUGCGUCGAGUUUUAAUUCUGUGCUCGAUGAUUAUGCUGCUUCUCCCGAUACUGGAUCACCAAAUAUCGUAACCUACCAAACCAACAGGUCUAUGAACGCACUCAAGAAACAGAAUUCUGGGAUGGAAUUCUUCAAGAAAGCCAAAUCCGUUAGGCUAAAAAGCCGCCAUGAUAAAUUCUUAUUAGCGGAUGAUGAUCAAGAAAGCGUGUACCAAGAUCGUCAUGGAACUUACAAGAAUGCAAAAUGGAUAAUUGAAUUCCCUGAAGAAGUCGAAAAUGUCAUCAGGUUGAAGAGUUGUUAUGGCAAAUAUUUAACAGCGACGGAUGAGCAACACCUUCUAGGUGUCACAGGUAUGAAAGUUGUUCAGAGUUUGCCUAGAAAAUUGGAUUCUUCAAUUGAAUGGGAACCGAUGAAGGAUGGAUUCCUCAUGAAGCUCAAGACGAGAUAUGGGAAUUAUUUGCGCGCAAAUGGUGGAUUACCCCCUUGGCGAAAUUCAAUUACUCAUGAUGUACCUCACAGACAUCAAGAUUGGAUCUUAUGGGAAGUGGAUAUUGUUGAGGUUCUACCAGAACCAAAAGAAAAUAUUUCACAUUCAGAACGAUGGGAUGAUGAUUCCAGCUCUUCUUUUCAUUUUACAUCCCCUUCAUAUUCCAGGGAUGAGUCACGAGAUGCAUUUGAUGCUCCCAUGGUGAAGACUGAAGGUCGGUUGAUCUAUUACCAUGUGGCCGAUGAAAAUGGAAAUGCAAAUGAUGCAGUGGAAGGGCCUUCUUUUCACUUCAAAGGGCAUGGGGUAGCGGAACUGACUGAAAAGUUGAAGGAAAUAACAGGGCUCGAAAAUAUUUCUGUCUGUUCGCGCAACAAGAUCAAUGGAGAGCUGUAUCCUCUACGUUUAGCAUUGCCUCCAAACAAUGCGGAUAUGAAUGUUGUGGUAGUUCCUGCAUCAGCCAAAAGUUAGUAGUAUUGAUCACCGCCUUCCCGAGAAAGGAGCUGUAUAUUUGAUCAUCUUGUAGAGAAAGAAGCUGUGUAUUUCCCUUUUUCUUUUUCAUUUCUUUUUCAUGUCUCAAGCUGGUAAACUUGUCAAAAUACUUGGGUACAUUUUUUUAACUGCUAUUUUCACAGUGGCAGUUCCUUUAUGGCUGUUAGUCUUGUCAAAAUACUUGGGUACUUGUCAAAAUGUUAGUCUGUCUUUUGUUUUA